UGACGGCAUCAAAUGAAGAUCAGGGCCCACGAUUGUACUAUAGGAGUAACGGCGGUCAAAUUGGGCACGCUGACAGCACCGGAUUGCGCCCUGAAACGUCUGCGCUUGGCAGGCACAACGACUACGGUUCCGGCUCUCUGUGUGCAUCGCGUCAGAAGGACUGGCCAUGGAACUAUAACCGAAGCAAGUCGAAGAGGUCGGAUCCUUAUCGCUCGUCGACAGCCAGGUUUCUGCUCCUUAGCAUCAGCAACCAGCACCUCCUGAAGAUCACUUCUCCCGUUCGCCGAUAAGAUAAAUCGUGUGGCAUCUACACAUCACACCUGAUGAAAGCAUUACAUAGGGGGCCUGAUAGAUAUAUGAGGCGCGGGAGAUUACAUUACAAGGCGACCCUUGCAGAACGAAUACGGAACGUCGAUAAAAAUAAAUUUGAUGGGUGUCUGCAGCCUAUGGGAAGCCAAUUUCGGUCUAUAGCGUUGCCGUUGGGGGUUUGGCUCACGGCAGUGGCUCACUUCGGGCACUGCAGUCCGUUAUCCUUCUCACGCCACCUGUAUGGAGUGAGUUCUCAUCAAUGCCACCAUGCGCCGACCCCCGAAGACACCCCGAGCUUCCUGCCCACCAGUCAGAUCGCCGUUGUAGCGCAUGUACGAUCCAAUACAUGCACGAACAUGAUGCCAAGCUCAAUGCAUGCGCGGAUCAUCCUCUCAGGGGAACGCGCUCUACGCGUGGCCCUGAUGCUUACUUUUCCUCCAUAACCUCUUAUCAUCAAUAUUAAUACCUUGGAUCUGCAGCAAGCGUCGACCGCUCGCGUGUACCGUCGUUCAUUUGAUCCCGAGUGUCAGCACGAUUACA